CAUAGGUAUUUUGAAUUUGUUAUUUUCUUGAGAGAAAUGUGCGACUUUGAUGCAUUGUGGAGCGAUGCGCUUAAAAUAUUUCCUGUCCUGGGCGGUGUGAUAAACGCUCCAGAUGAGCCCAUUGACGAAGCAGUUUACGAGAAUGUUUGCCGGCAUAUUUCAAAUUUGGGAAGUGCCGAUGCAUUAACCGCCAUUAUCGAUCUAGAAGUACAGUCGGCAAUAAGGAAUACAAUAGUGCCAUCGUUUUGGAAACAAUUGUACGCUGGAGUUGAUCCAUCGGAGCUGCAAGGCGAUGCAUUAGCGGAUCAGUCGGUGUCUGAUAAAAACAAACUGUUUGCCCAGUUCAUAGAAGCUAUCAAUGAGCUGCAUGUUGGCUACCGCUCUUUGGAGCGGAUUAAGCCGCGUCUGAUACUUCUUAAUGAAAAAGCCAAUGCCAAUUCCGCAAAGCCUGUUAGCUCCUCCACAUCAAGUAGCUCCAUCAAACUAAUGCAACAAGAUGGUAUUAAGACUUGCGUGCGAGAUGCGAUGCUAGCUCAGUUGCCGCCUACAUUCAGUACGAUUGUCGGAGCAUUCUACUGGGUGCAUUAUAGGCUCUUUACGAAGGAUACACAACUGGCCUCCACCACCAUAGAUUCUGAUGUGUUCGAUGAACUUCCGUGUACUGGUUGCAAUUUUGAUCUAGAGCAAUGCUGCUGUCAGAAACUAACCGAAAUGGUUAAUAAGACAAAUAUGAAAUUAUUUGAGAUGAACCUCACAGAUCGUCUUGCUGGAAGCGCAUUGACAGCGUUGAUUAAAGAUAAAAUUAAAGAGCAUAUCAACGACACGUGUUUGGGAAUCUUUGAUAGAAGCCAUCUUAAACAGUUGGAAACAUGGCUUAAUGAUGUUAUUAUAGUUUGGUUAACAAAUAUUUUCAAAGGAUGGAUAGAAAAGGAUACACACGAUUCAAUAAAAGCCCCUGCUUCUCUUCAAUCAUUCAAAGUGAAACUAACAUACUUUAUGUAUGAAACCUUCGCUCAAAAUGUGAUUAGCCAAUUUUUCAGUAUAAUUAUAGAUUAUCCUGACUCGACACCUGCGAUAGAUGAUUUAAAAAUCUGCAUGGAGAAAAUCGAUAUGAGAGCCUAUUUAACUGAAACCCUACGCAGUUCAUUGGAAGCUAGAAUUCUUCAUCCCGGCGUUAACACCAUGGAUAUAUUAACCGGAUACGUUGCUGCUAUAAAGGCUAUACGCCAUUUAGAUAAUACGGGAGUGAUUUUGGAAAUGGUUACAGCGCCCAUAAAAGAAUAUCUUCGUAAACGUAAUGACACAGUGCGAAGAGUGGUAACCGGUCUGACGGAAGAAGGCCCAACCGAUUUGUCGGAGGAGCUAGCCAAAGGCGAAUCAAUAAAGGAUGGCAAAGACAAUGGAACCGAUGAGUUUAGCAACUGGGAAAAUUGGGAGCCUGAUCCGUUUGGCAUUGAUCCCAAUGUUAUGCGAUAUAACAGUUCGAAAAUAAUGAGAUCUGCCGACAUUAUAUCUAUGGUUGUCGAUAUCUAUGGAAGCAAGGAAUUAUUUAUGGUCGAAUAUCGAAAUUUAAUGGCUGACAGGCUAAUAUCCCAGCUGGACUUUAAUUCAGAAAAGGAAAUUCGAAAUCUAGAAUUGUUAAAAAUACGCUUUGGCGAAUCACUUCUCCAUAGCUGUGAAGUGAUGUUAAAAGAUGUUACAGACUCCAAGAGAAUUAAUGCCCAUAUUCAUGGUGACGGUAAUUGCAAUGCCAAUGACCAAUUAUUUGACAUUUCGUCUCUAAUUAUUUCGGCACAAUUUUGGCCAUCAUUUAAUAAGGAGAGUCUACAAUUGCCAGAAGAAAUAGAGAAUGAAUUCAAGAAAUAUACCAAGGCCUAUGAAGCCUACAAGGGCAACCGUACACUGAACUGGCGCACUGUAACCGGACGGGUAAACAUUGUCAUCGAAGUGGGAAACCGAACAAUGGAGAUGACAGUGCCGCCAACACAGGCUGUGAUAAUAUAUCAUUUUCAGAACAAAAACGAAUGGAGUCUUGAUGAACUCAGCACAUUGACCAAGGUUCCAGCAACAGCGCUGCGACGACGUAUAAGUUUUUGGCAAAAUCAUGGUCUAAUUACAGAAACAUCGCCAGGAAUAUUUACUCUAAUCGAGAAAGAAACGGAGAAAUCUCAAUUUGAAGAAAUGAGCAUUACAGAAGCUGAUGAAGAAGAUUUAGAAUCGGCCAUGGCAUCAGCUAGUGAUCAACGGGAAGAGGAGCUUCAGGUAUUUUGGUCUUAUAUUGUUGGAAUGCUUACAAAUCUGGAUUCAAUGCCCAUUGAUCGAAUCCAUCAAAUGCUUCGACUUUUUGCUUCACAUAGUGGAGGCGUCGAAUUUACCCAGGAUGAACUAAAACACUUUUUGCAACGUAAAGUCCGUGAGCAUAAACUUUUGUUUUCAGGUGGAGUUUAUCAAUUAGCUAAAUAAUUAUAAUAUAUAUACAAAUAUUGAAAUAAAUGAUAAAGUGUGAAACAUUUGCUUAAAUUGA